AUGACCAUUACCCUUCGUCCAUCAACUCCAUUCGAACCAGAAAACAAUGAUCACCAAACUUUCAUAACUCUCGUGCAAGAAGUCGACAACUCCAAACACGAAUUUUCAAUUCUUCGAAACAUCAAACUCUUUGAUUCUUCAUUUUUAUACACCAUCAAUUCAUCAUUCGAAUAUCAAUUCCCAAGUCAAAAUCAUUCAACACUUAUCAAAUGUUGCGUUGUUGAUGUGAACGUUGAUUUGUACAAUCUAAUCAAGACUUGUGAUUCUCUCCUCACAAUCUCUGUUCGUCAACAUCUGGCAGAGAAAUUGAAGCCUAUCUUCUCCAACCUAGACGUAUUUCAAGGUGUUUCAGAAUCUUAUAUUCCAAAACAAGGAAGAGAAUCGGCGAGAACUUUUGGUGUUGGUGAAGGAACUGAAGGUGAAGAUGAUAACAAACAAAAACCCAAGUCUGAUGAUCCGAAGGAUAAUGUAGCUUUGGUAUCAAUAGGAAAAGAGAAAAUUAUGGAUGAUGAUGAUAAUGAUGAGGAAGAAGAAGAAGAAGAUGAAAAUGUAAAAAUAAGAUGCAAAGCUCGUCGUGCUAAAAUUGAUGAAAACCAUCGUAUUGUUCGGGAAGCAUAA